AGCCCCACCCCCAGCCUCUGCCACUUCCUCUUUUGUUGUUUUCAGGGUUCCCACACGAGUCCCCCAAGGGGUGGGGGAGAGCUGGGACGCUCCUCGCCCACUCUCCCUGGCCCCACGGCCCCUGUUCUGGCAAGGCAGGGAGUGGGGGAACGAAGAAGACUUCCUGGAGGACGAGGGGCGAAGGAGGGGGAGGGCAGUUGCGGGCUUGAGGUUCUUCCCACUCGGCUGGCUCUGUCUCCUUCCCUCUCUUUCUGAACUUUCUUUUCUCUCUCUCUCUCACUGUCUCUCUCUCUCUCUUCCUCCAUCCCUUGUGCUCCAGCUCGUCGGGAAAACCCCACCACGACUGAUGACAUCCGGACGGGGAUGACGGGUGACAGGUCUCACCCCCCCAUCACCAUGCGGCCACGCCGGUUCUUCAUCUUGGUGCAGGAUUUCUCUGGGGAAGGUGGGGGGCAGGUGCCCCGGGGCAGUCUCCUGAGCCAGGCGGGCGAGCCCCCCGCUCUGGACUGCCCCUUCUGGGCCAAGCUGCUGGACACGGAGGCCAUGGUGCAGGUGCCGGCUCGGGCUGCACGGGAGCUGAGCAAAGAGCAAGCCGGGAUGCUGCAGGCCGUGACCAAUGGGGACGAGCGACUGGGGCUCUUCAGACAGGAGGGGCUGCUGCGCAGGCGGGGGGCCCUGCGCCCAGGGGACCGGGUCCGGGUCCAGAUCACCUCGGCCUCCGGGGAGAAGGUCCGGGGUGUCCUGCGCUACCGGGGACCCAUGGGAGACAGCAAGGAGCAGGCUGGAGUCAUCUUUGGGGUGGAGCUGGUGGGAUCAGCGGCUGGGAAGGGUUUCACCGACGGCUCCUUCAGAGGCCAGAAGUUCUUCUCAUGCCGGGAGAACUGUGGGGUUUUUGUGCCUGUGAGCCGGAUUGAGCCGGAUGAGGGGGCCGAGUGCAGCCCCCUGAUGGCUCCCCGGGGCAGCCGCCGGGCAUGCACCAGGCUCCAGCUGGCCACAGGGGACCCCCUCAAAUCUUCUCCACCCCUGGAGCUCGGAGAUCGGGUCUUCUUCAAGAUGGGUGACAGCACCCCUGGGGGCACUGUGUUUUUCUGCGACUAUCUGCCCAAGAAGGAGAUGGCUGGGGUCUUCGUGGGGAUCUGCCUGGAUCAGCCUGUUGGCUCAUGGGAUGGCAAAUUCAGUGGCCAAUCGCUCUGCCACUUCCCCUCUCCGGAGUACGGGAUCCUCCUGCCAAUCACCAAAGUCCAUAAAGAAAAGGCUGAUGAAGGCCCCAAGGCCUUGAGUGAUGACCCCUCCCUAGGGCUCCUCGAUGACCCCCCAUCCCCCUCCUCCAUUCGGUAUCCACCCAGGCCGGAAUGGGGGUCCCCUCAUGGCUCUCCCUCCUCCCUGUUGAUGGGGGGCACCGAGGAGCAGGGGGAAGGGGAGGAGGAGGAAGGAGAGGAGGAGGAGCUGGCUUUUCCUCUGCUGGAAAUCAACUCAAUGGUGGAGGUGCACGACCCCCCCAUCUACGGGGUGAUCCGCUGGAUUGGGGCGCCGCCGGAUGUGGGGGAGACCAUUGCAGGGCUGGAGCUGGAGGAGCCGCUGCCCUCAGGCUGCACGGACGGGAUCUACCGAGGGAUGCGGUACUUCCAGUGCCCGCCCGGCAAGGCCCUCUUCGUCAAGCUACGCCACUGCCGGCCCGAUGCCCGCUUCGGGGCUCCCCAGCCCCCUGAGAACCCCGUGCUGCGCUGCAACUCACUGGCUUUCAGGGUCUAUGCCAGCGAGCGGGUGCCAGAGGACACCCCCCCGGGGCUGGGUGAAGAGGGGGGGCAGCGCCUGAUGGGCUGGAAGAAAGGGAUCCAGGGCCAUUGCAACUCCUGCUACCUCGAUGCCACCCUCUUCUGCAUGUUCGCCUUCAGCUCCGUGCUGGACUCGCUGCUGCUGCGCCCCGCGGACAAGAACGAUGGGGCGUCUUACGAGGAGACCCGGGACCUGCUGAGAACUGAGAUCGUUAACCCCCUGCGCAAACACGGCUACGUCUGCGCUACCAAGGUGAUGUCCCUGCGGCGGGUCCUGGAGGCAGCUGGACACUCCCCAGGCUUCACCAGCGAGGAGAAAGACCCCGAGGAGUUCCUCACCCUGCUGUUCCGGGUGCUGAAGGUGGAGCCCCUCUUUAAGAUCCGGUCAGCGGACAAGGACCCCCAGGGCUGCAUCUUCUACCAGAUCUUCAUGGAGGGUGGUGCAGGGGGGGCAGGCCGGGGGGUCCCCACAGUGCAGCAGCUGCUGGAGGGGUCACUGGUCGCCGGUGACCUCAAGUUCACUGAGGCCCCCUCCUGCCUCAUCCUGCAGAUGCCCCGCAAUGGCAAGGACUACAAGGCCUUCGCCACCAUCCUGCCCAGCCUGGAGCUGGACCUCACUGACCUGCUGGAGGACACCCCCCGGGAGUGCUGUAUCUGCCAGGAUCUGGCGCGGAGCGAAUGCCCCGAGUGCUACGGGGACCCCAGCAUCGGGGCAGGGAGCACCCGUCAGUACUGCGCUGUCUGCUGGCAGCAGGUUCACCGUCACCGUGCCCGGCGCUCCCACCACCCCCGUGCCCUGCGCCUACCCCCAGAGCUGGAGCACCUGCCGCCCCCACCAGGCCCCCUGCCCCGCCAGACUAUGCAGCUCUACGCCGCCCUCUGCAUCCAGACCAGCCACUAUGUGGCCUUCGCCCGCCACGGUCCACACCGCGGCCAAUGGCUCUUCUUUGACAGCAUGGCCGACCGCCAGGGUGGCCAGAAUGGCUUCAACAUCCCACGGGUCACACCUUGCCCGGAGGUGGCCGACUACCUGGAGAUGAGCCCGGAGGAGCUCCAGGUGCUGGACCCCAAGUCCCUGCCCCCCUGCGCCCGACGCCUGCUGUGUGAUGCCUACAUGUGCCUCUACCACAGCCCCACCCUUGGGCUCUACAAAUAGUCUCUCCCCUGGGGUGGAGGGAUACGGUGACUGGGGAGAGGGCAACGAGACUCCAUCAGCCCCAGGACUGCAGCCCAGUGAGGGGACUUUAUUUGCACCAUGAAUGGGACACCUGUGCCUUUAAGAAGCGGCUGGGAACUACUUGGACCUAUAGCUCAACCUUGGUAUCCUUAUGCCCCUUAAAGGGGCUGAUCAGAGCUGACGCCCCCUAGAGGGGAAAGGCCCUGUGUCCCAUUCCCCUCCCUCCGAGCCAGCCGGUCCUCCAUCCUGGGGCAAGAUGGGAGCUGGCGCCCCCUAGAGGGGAAAGGCCCUGUGUCCCAUUCCCCUCCCUCCGAGCCAGCCGGUCCUCCAUCCUGGGGCAAGAUGGGAGCUGGCGCCCCCUAGAGGGGAAAGGCCCUGUGUCCCAUUCCCCUCCCUCUGAGCCAGCCGGUCCUCCAUCCUGGGGCAAGAUGGGAGCUGGCGCCCCCUAGAGGGGAAAGGACCUGUGGCCUAUUCACCCACCUCCAUGCAGGUGGUCUAAUUUCUGGAGCAAGAGCAAGCACACGAGCUCUGAGUUUUUCUACACUCUGCUAGGGGGACAAAAGGGCCUGAACUCAUGGGCCUCAGGGGCUGUCCCUGGUCCCCACUUCUUCUGCUGCUUCCCCCUGCCCCGCCCCCCAUGGCCUGUAGGUGGUGAUGGCCCCAUUGUGACACCUCCAUUAAAAGCGGACAGGACUGAAAAAUCCCAUUGCCGCGGGCCUGAACCAAACCAGAUUUAAGACUCAUCCUUUGCAAACCUGCCUGAGUAAACUGGUGACGUACAGUAUCACGGCGCCGAGGAGAACCGGACCUACCCGAUCUUUAUCUCAGCAGCUGGGCUGUGGUGCCACUUUGCUGUAGAGGCUUGCCGCACCGAGCAGCCGCUGGAGACAUCCUGGAGGGCUUCCAGGAGAGACGGGGGGCAGUGAGGAUAUCCCUGGACAAGGCCAGGGCUCUGCUGGAAUCCGGGGUGCAAUUCUGGGCCCCAACCGUUCCAGAAGGAGGGAUUUAAACUGGAGCAGGCACUGAGAAGGGACGGCCAGGGGAACGGAGAGUCGGGCUGACGAGAGGGGAGUGAAAGAGCUGGGCUUGUUUAGUCUACCAAAAAGCCAGCCGAGAGGAGAUCUGUCUGCCGUCUAUAAAUACACCAGGCCGGGGGCGGGCUAAAUACCAGGGAGGGUGAAGAGCUAUUGAAGCUAAAGGACAAUGCUGGCAUGAGAACAAAUGGCUGCAAACGGGCCAUCAACCAACUCCGGCUGGAAAGGAGGAGGAGGUUUCUCAGCACCAGAGGGGUGAGGUGCUGGAAUGGCCUCCAAUAGGGGGUGUGGGGGCAAAUAAUCAAGUAGAUUUAAGGUUGAGCUGGGGAAAUGGAUUAAUGCAAUUGUAUAACAGGGAGGGAGCCUUGGAGCCAAUCGUCCUCUGUUCCUAAUGGUCAUGCUUCAGUGUUCCAGACGGCCACUGGCAGGGGUCAGGAAGGGAUUCCCCACCCGGUGUAUGCUGGGAAGUUAUUUUUGAAUCACCUUCCUUGGAAGCCCCAGGGAUGUCCACUUCUGGAGAGGGGCCAUUGGACAGGGAGGGCAGAGGUCUGAGGUCUCCAAGCAUCCUCUCUCUCAGGUGCUCUGGCUGGUUCUUGCUCCUGGGCCCACAGUCUCGCUGGUCGCCGUAUGUGGGGCAGGCAAGCAAUUUUCCCCCAGUGCAGUUUGGCAGAGACCUGGGCAGGUUGCCUCCCUCUGCAGCAUGCGGGUGCAGGUAACUUGCCAAGAUUAGCUGGAUUCCAUGGGAUGAGUGUUGGCAUUGGACACUAAUUGGAUUAAACUCCCACUCUGGGUAGGCAAGCCCAAAGA